AUAGAAAAAUGUGAUGAACCCAUUACAUAUUGAUACUUAAUAGGUAUGGAAUGGAUCCAUUAACAAAAUUAUUCCAUUGUAGUCAACAAAAUAGAAGAAGAGUUCGUUUGACAAUUAUCGUAGAUAGAUGAGUCCUGGUUGGCUCACACACUCCAGAAAAGGUUGUCAAACAGUCUCCUCCCUUCUCCCUUCUCCCGUGACGCUUUUAUUGGCACUUUUUCUGUACAUAAAAUCAAUCAACUCAAUCGCCGGUCCACUCUUCUUUGUUUUGAUUCUGGUUCAUAAUUGUUGCCCUAAGGAGAUUAAAAGAAAAGAAGAUGGGUUGUGAUUCUAUUGCCCAUGUUGUGCUGCUUUUGCUUCUGUUGGGGCCAUGCCUCUGCUCAAGGGAGGAAAGCUCUGCAACCCAAAUUUUGAGCUCAGCCAAGAAAGACAGAGAAUGGUUGGUCUCAGUAAGGAGGAAAAUCCAUGAAAACCCGGAGCUCAGAUUCGAAGAAUACAACACCAGUGCUCUUAUUCGUGGGGAACUCGACAAACUGGGCAUCUCCUACACUCACCCACUUGCCAAGACUGGCAUUGUGGCAGAAAUCGGCACUGGUUCUGGCCCAGUUGUGGCUCUUCGAGCAGACAUGGAUGCUCUCCCUCUGCAGGAGCUUGUUGAGUGGGAGCAUAAGAGCAAGAUUGAUGGGAAAAUGCAUGGGUGCGGACACGAUGCCCACACCACUAUGCUGCUGGGGGCUGCCAAGUUGCUUAGUCAACGGAAGCAUAAACUUAAGAUGGAAUUUCGUAACUUCCCUUUAUUUGGUAUUGAAGGGAACUGUGAGACUUCUUUUCCAGCCAGCUGAGGAGGGAGGAUUGGGCGCUCGUGAAAUGAUCAAGGUGGGUGCUCUUGGUGAUGCUGAAGUGAUAUUUGGAAUGCAUAUUGAUCAUGAAACACCCACAGGCAGUAUAGCGUCUCGUUCAGGACCUUUCCUAGCUGCAGUGUGCUCCUUUGAAGCAAGAAUAGAAGGGAAAGGUGGGGAUGCUGCAGAACCCCACACUAAUGCAGAUCCAAUACUUGCAGCAUCAUUUUCAAUUUUGGCAUUGCAACAGCUCAUCUCAAGAGAAUUAGAUCCCCUGGACAGCCAAGUGCUGUCUGUUACUACUGUCAAAGGAGGGACAACACUGAAUCUAACUCCAUCACAUGUUGUGCUUCGAGGAAGCUUAAGGAGUCUUACCACUGAAGGUUUGAAACAACUCCGGAAGAGAGUGAAAGAGGUUAUUGAAGGGCAGGCAGCUGUACACCGAUGUAAUGCGUACUUUGACAGAACAGAAGAUUACCUUCUUCCUGCAGUUGUGAAUGACGAGGUCAUGCAUCAGCAUGUGAUGAGGGUUGGGAAACUCGUGCUUGGUCCUGAGAAUAUCCUCAUAGCUAACAAGGUGAUGGCAAGUGAGGACUUUGCCUUCUAUCAAGAGGUGAUUCCUGGAGUCAUGUUUAGCAUUGGAAUUAGAAAUGAGCUGGUGGGUUCUGUUCACUCCCCCCACUCCCCUCACUUCUUUCUUGACGAGGAUGUCCUUCCAAUUGGGGCAGCACUUCACACUGCUCUUGCUGAGAUAUAUCUGGAUGAGCACCAAAAUCCUACUCUACCUUAAUAUUUUCAGAGGAGACUGAAGAAACCCUGGUGUAUCUCCUAUUUUGAACCUUUAGUGUAUGAUAUAAACAAUGAAUGUAUCUAAGAAAAUAUUGACUUUUAGUGAUCA